AUGGAUCGACCAUCAAGUGCUGCUCGUCGGCGGACGUUCGACCUUCCCUCCAAGCCAGAGACCGGAUUGGCAGAAUGGACAAGCAAGAUCAAAGAGCUACAACGGCAGGUCGACCAGGACGAGGAGACGGAACAUAAGCGACUUGAGGAGGAGAUCCGGGCAUCCAGGAUGGCUCGUCUGCGUAGGAGCGGUCAAAUCGGGAGCGUCGACCUAUCUAAGAGCGACCUGUCCAGUGUGGCCUCAUCGCCCGCGCCGGACAGCCCAGCGAGCCCGGCUGGAAGGCAGCAGGGUCAAGAAGACGCCUUACGGAGACUGACUGGCGAGGCACGGCCAUCCACAACGGAGCCUGUGAAAUCCGUCUCCUCCAAGGCCCCCAUGUCGCUCGCGGAAUUCAUGGGAGGUCGUGCGACUGGUCCGCGACUUACGCGGCAUGCACCCCAACAGGAUGCCCAUGACCCGACUCAGUUUGAGCAGCGUACGCUCAGGAAUAUCACCACCCCUCAUCCGGUCUUUGGCCGUGGCGGCGUCGCUAUGCCUGGCAUGACAGGCAGAAAUCGCACACCCGCGCCAUCUACGCCGGAGCCGGAGGAGCGAGCGAGGCUAGCCUCGGUGGCCAACCAUAUCACUGGACGGGACCGCAAACAGAGUACGCCCUCCGUCGUGCAGUCGAUCGUACACAAAGUCGAAGUGGAGACAGUAGCGCCGCAGAAGACCGGAGCCUCAACCGCUUCUUCUUACACGAUGCGACAGCGUACAAUCAGUACACCGACUGCACAACAACGGCGCUACAUCCCGGCCAGUGUCAAUUUCCCCUGGCCUACGUUCAGCAACACCUGGACAGGACCGUCACACACCCGCGAGGCCUAUACAAACCCCACCACCUGUAUCUUCAUCCUCCAUAUUGCGUCCUUCGAGUUCUUCUCGCAGCCCUGCCCAACUUCUCCAACCACCUCAUCCUCCCCGAAAGCAACCAUAAGCACGCCAUCCCUGGCGAGACCAAUCCAACCGUCACCGCGCGCUUCUCUCGGACCUCAGCUCCCAAUCUCCCUAAAUCCUUCGCCUGCGUUCCUUCGUGCACCUCCACCUAAAGACCCCACGCCGAGUAUCAGCCGUCUGCAAGGACGCGGCUUCGUCAAGAGCAUGGUACAAGCGACCGCUCAACUUUCAGUUGUAGCGCCUCCCACCCCACCCCUGCCAGAGAAGAAGGAUUCCGGAGGGCGAAAGUCAGCGCCUGUUCUAGACCGAUGGCAGAACACCGGAACCACGAGCUCGACGCCAUCUCCUCCGCCAAUUAUCUCUCCUCGGCCCGCUGCGAUGCGCAAGUCGUGGACGGUUGACCCGUCUUCUCCGGAUACGACGCCCCCGCGCUCGGUGAAGACGGACUACACGGGCAGGUCGCUCAGUCCGUUCCUCUGUCCCCUCCUUCCACCACUCAGACGCAGCAUCGUCUUCAGCCAGGAGCGAUGCGGGCGACGGCUCUCCGCGCGGGCGAGGCUCGGGUCGUCCACGACGAUGAUCUCGUACAUCAAGCCCAUCAAGACGGGCGACAGACCGAUGACGGCGUCGCCGCCUCCUCCAGAGGUGGUGGACGAGAUGGGCGUGCGGGUGCGUACGCGCAGCAAGAGCCAGCAUCGCUCGCGGAGCCGGCACCGCUCGAAGAGCAGAGAGGCGCCGCGCGAGGAGCGGGAGGGCGGGGGAGCAUCUGCGGGGCUUCCGCCAGCGGGCAACCACUCAGUCAUUUCCUUCGCUGACGAAGGACAGGGCGAAGAAGCCUCGGAAGGCGAGGUUUGCGCAGACCCUGUCCAGGAGACUCGUGUAGUCUCUUCUUCAGCAGCUUCUGCUGAGGUGAAGCAGACCUCGCAGCCAGAGCCGGCGCCGCUCUCUCACCUUAUCUCGACUGCACCGGCCCCGGAGGUUGUGGUCUCUCUUCCGUCGUCGGACCAUGCACCGACUUCGCAGCAGGAGCAAAAGCCUGUUUCGCCGCUGAAGAGCAGGUUCGAGGAUGACUUUGUCCCUUCAGCGUCCCCGCCGGUGGCAAACAAGCCUAGCCAGCUCAGCCAGCUAGUGAUGCCGAAGUCGCUGGUGGCUCCUACGCAAAGCAUCGCUUCCCCUGUCACGCCUAACCGUGGCUUGACCCCAUCGCCGACCUCACAGCAAGCGAAGGAGAAGCCUCCGGCGUCCUCCGGACGUCACACUCGUAUUCCGAGCACUGGAAACCGGGCACUAGUCAUGGAUGUCGCGCAGGCCCUCGCAGUGCAGACCGCCCUUGAACAGAGGCAGCCGCGAGAGGAGCAGGAGGCUGAAGUACCUCCACCGCCGGACGUCAAGAUCGUCGCGGCGAACUGGGGACCCAGGAACGGGACUGCCAGGGCCGACGCUGAUAAGCGGAAAUCUAGCUACGAGAGAUACUCGGCGAUCAUGAUGCCCCCGCUAGAGGAGGAAAAGACACCUACACCUUCGCCGGCUGGGACACUUGCUCGUUCGUCUGUCCCUGUGGUGCCAGACGUCAUCCCUGAAACAGAGCAAGAGGUCGCGCCUCCUGCAGUAGAAGGGCCUGCAGAGUCUUCAGCGUCGUUGGCAGAGGUCGUGUCAGAACCAGCAGCGCCCGCUGAAAGCAAGAUCAUCCACAUUGAAUCUGUCGACGAGCCAUUGCCUAAUAUCGAUGUCGCCGCGCUGCUCAACUCAGGCUGCAGUCCGUACUCGCCGGAUGCAGAUGUGCAGACGAUUUCGGUCGAUGUCAUGAUUAUCGUGGGGAACGUGGCGACCGCCAUUCCUCGUGACACUUACAUCUUCUACGACCACGACGUUUUGGCUAUCAUACAUCGCGCUAAAGUGCGGUCUACCGGUCUCGUCUCAACAAAGGUGUGGGGAUGGAAAGGGAAGCACGGCCGCCUCGGGGAACGAGAGGAGCAAAAGCUUCAGGGACUUGCGCGACAAUACGGGACGAAAAUGGUCAGGAUCCAGCAAUAUUGUGAACCCACGGAGCUAGUAGCGGUCCUGGGCGGGAAGCUUGCUAUUCGUCAGGGUUCGCGGUCGCACUGGUCUCCCGAGAAUACCGCCAUGCAUCUCGUUCGGUCCCUGAAUGGGGUAACCUUCAUAGACGAGGUCGACAUAGGCAUCCGGAACCUAUGCUCAGCGUUCAGCUAUUGCUUGUCCCUCCUGGGAUCGUUGUAUGUCUGGCACGGAUGCGGUUCUGCUGACGCUGAGCGCGCGGCCGCUUGUGAAUAUGCGAGGGCCCUUGCUUCGUCGGCAAGUGUCAUUGAACUCGUCGAGGGCGAGUCGGAUGCGGAUGACGAGAUGUUCUGGCUAAUCCUUGGCGAUGGCGAGUAUGCGAAGGCCGAUUAUUGGAAGUGGAAGGCAUCUUCUCCGUCUGUUCACCCACGCAUAUGGUCAGUAGAUGCAACGAAGGAAGAUGAUGCGAUCCAACCUGUCCCUGCAUUUGCGGAUCACCCAGAAUUCCACCACCUUGUUCACCUCGUGGACUGUGUCUGGGAAUUCUUCGUCGUCGUCGGCAGUGAAGCUCGUGGCAAACGAAGAGAUAUCAAACUGGCACUCGCAGUAGCUACGAAAUUGUCUGAUAUCACGGCCUCAUCGAGGCCAUUUACCCCAACGGUACAUGCAUUGAUCCUGCCUUCACAACUGCCUACCGACCUCAGGCUUCACUUCCGAGACCUUGAUGAGGCUGCUGUGAAUGCCGGACAUAUACCAGAGCAUAUGAAUCUCCUCGCUGCAGGGGAUGCAGAGGAACAUCUGAAGACAACUACAUGGGAAAGGGCUAUCACGAAAGACCCCUCUAUGAACACUAUCUCCAUCUCGCACCACUCGCUUUAUAUACCUCCGCUGGACUAA